GGUUUUAUAAUCUCUAAACCUCCAUAACCUAUUGGCACAUCCGUGUGAACCACCUUCGAAUCAUGCACCAUUUGGUUGGAGGCUGCAAUAUGAUUAGUGAUAUCAUAGUCUGUAGAACUAUAAACCAUGCAUAAUUUCUUUUUCUCUGAUGUUGAAGCAUGCUUUGCCUCUUCAGUGUCUGGGAAAGUGAGAUUAUAGCUGGUUUAUAGCCCACAUGUAAAUGGGCUGUGACUAUCCGAAUUAAUUUUGUUCGGCUUUUGAAGCUUUCAAAUAUUCUUCACCUUCCUUACACUGCUCACCCAUUUUUCGCUUCAUUUCUUCUAUUUCCCUCAAAAAUUUUCGUUUCCCGGACAUUGAUUCGCUAUUUCCUUUGAUAGGUUUAUUUUCGUUUCGGACGUAAUUCAGGAGACAGCCACAUUGCUCUCAACAUGUUUGAUUUUAUGCCUGAACAAGCUCCAAUUAUCCUACCGUGACUUCUACAUAAACCAUAAACCCUAAUUUAUAUACUCAUUCACCGGUAGUAGUAAAAAACAAAUCGCCAAUUUACUAAUGGCAACAGCUAGUACUGCGAGUAGAAUAACAAGGAAAAUAGGGAUUGCAGUGAAGAAAGCAGCAAGUAGAAAUAAAGGAUGGUACGACCUCCACAUGGCUGCGGCCUCAGGUGCCAUUGCUCAACGACUUCCAUUGGUCGAUCUCGUAGCUGAGAUCAGAGACGCCAGGAUUCCUUUAUCAUCUGAAAAUGAGCUGUUGAGAGACUUCCCCGCUCUUUCUAAACGAAUUGUUGUGAUGAACAAGAUAGACCUCGCAGACCAAACACAAGUAAAGGGAUGGAUGAGAUAUUUUGAGCAACAAAAUUGCAUUCCUUAUGGAGUCAAUUCCCAUAACAAGGACAGUGUGAAAGGGCUGCUUAAUUUUAUACAAGCUCAAGUUAGGGGACUGUGCAAAGCUAAUCAUCAUGCUAGUGAGACAAUAACAAUAAUGCUAGUGGGGAUUCCUAAUGUUGGUAAAUCAGCACUAGCUAAUUCUUUGCAUCAGAUGGGGAGGAUUAGUGCUGCAGAGAAAGGAAGGUUGAAGCAUGCAACUGUGAGUCCUCAGCCUGGAGAGACAAAAGAUAUCAGCAGCUUCAAGCAAUAUAAUGGAGUGUUUCAUGCUCAACACUUACAUCUUCAGAUUGGUAGCCAUCCCAAUAUCUAUUUGUUGGAUACUCCUGGUAUUUUGCCCCGUAUGAUUCAUGAUGCUGAGCUUUGCUCCAAACUAGUAUUAACAGGGGCAAUCAGAGACGGUCUGAUUGAGCAGAAGGAACUUGCUCGAUAUUUUUUGACCAUUCUUAACUUAAGUGACCAAUAUAAGAAAUGGGCAAAAUUUUCAACCAAUGAGGAUAGGCUGUUGUCAUUUAUAGAGCACAAAGUAGAAGAUUCAAUUAGCUCUAAGCUGGAGAUGAGACAAAAAAAGCAGCAUAUGAUGGAUCACACUCAGGACUUGAUUGUGAAUGAUGUUCGUGGGACUAUCUUUGAUACCAUUUCAUGCUUUGAUGGUAAUAUAGAGCUGGAGGAGGAUAUGAUAAAACUUAUGGAGGCAGAGUUGGUAGCAUUGAGGGAGGCUUUCCGUGUUCCACAAGGAUUAGGUGAAUAUGUCUACAAUAGAGUUGUUAGUGUUAAGUUGCUAGAUUUGUAUCGCACUGGGAGGCUCGGGCAUUAUACUUUAGAUACACUCCCUCUAACACUUCAUCAUCCCCUCUAGUCUAUAUCUACAUUGCCUGUACAAACUACAUUUUUGUCCGUUAAAUUUUAUCCAAAGCUUUUCAUACCAUUUAACCAUA